GCGGGGCGGAAGGGAGCCUCCUCUGAGGGGUGAAGCGCUUGUUCCCCGUCUCCCCCCCCCCAAUCUCGGCCCGAAAAGCCACCGUGGGGGUCAUGUCCAUCUCUUGCUUGUCGUUCGAGUCCCACUCCUCCCACUCCCAGAGCUCCAAGUGGGCGUGCUAGGGCGGCCUCCUGUUCCUCCUCCGCAACAGCAGCCCUGUUAGGCCUUUGCUUUUGCUGCCGAAGUGUCCGAUUGGAGUGAGACCGGAGUGCUGCUUGAGGGCCAAACUCUGCCUCCAAUUGCGCUGUUUGCGGUUCAGGUACUGAUGCCACAACCAUGCCGGCUUUCAGGCAAGUUGGGGAGAAGCAGCUUCCUCAGGAAAUCAUUUUUAUGGCCUGGUCUCCUAAGAGGGAUCUGAUUGCCUUGGCAAACAAAGUGGGAGAGGUGUUACUUCACCGCCUGGCAAACUUUCAGCGGGUCUGGAGUUUGCCGCCAAAUGAAAGCACGGGGAAAGAAGUCUCUGCUCUUGCCUGGAGACCAGAUGGCAAAAUUCUGGCUUUUGGACUUGCUGAUACUAAGAAAGUUAUUCUGUGUGAUGUGGAGAAACCAGAGAGUUUGCAUUCUUUCUCAGUCAGUGCUCCUCUCACUUACAUGUACUGGAUGGAAGUUACGGAAGAAAGCAGUGUCCUCACUUCGUUUUAUAACGCUGAAGAUGAAUCCAGUCUUCUUCUCCCUAAGUUGCCUGCCCUGCCAAAGAACUACAGUACCACAGCAAAAAUCUUCAGUGAAGAAAAAUCCGAUGAGAUUAUGAAACUCAUGGGUGAUGUCAGGCUUAAUGCUCUGGUUCUCGGAGGCAUUAAUGGGUUUAUUGAGAUCUAUGCUUACGGAAUGUACAAGAUUGCAACAAUAACAGGGGUGACAGGUUCGUGCCUAGCAUUGUGCUUAUCGAGUGACUUGAAAUCGCUUUCAGUUGUUACAGAAGUAGAUGUUUCUCCAGACACCGAUCCAGAAAUAACAUACUUCCAAAUGGAUACCAGUCUGCUCUCAACCUAUUUACCAGAAGUGACUCGAAUGGCCCGAAAAUUUACACACAUUUCAACUCUCCUGCAGUAUAUAAAGCUUUCACUGACUUGUAUGUGUGAAGCUUGGGAAGAAAUAUUGAUGCAGAUGGAUUCGCGAUUAACUAAGUUUGUGCAGGAGAAGAAUACAACCACUUCCGUGCAAGAUGAAUUCAUGCAGUUACUUUUGUGGGGCAAAGCGAGUAUUGAACUUCAAGCACUGCUAAUGAACCAGCUAACAGUAAAGGGUUUAAAAAAACUUGGCCAGUCUAUGGAGUCCUCCUACUCCAGUAUUCAAAAGCUUGUGAUAAGUCACUUGCAGAGUGGUUCUGAGGCCUUGCUGUACCAUUUAAGUGAGCUGAAAGGCAUGGCUUUGUGGAAACAGAAAUAUGAGUCUCUUGGAUUGGAUGCAUCAGGAAUAGAAGAAGCAAUUACUGCAGUGGGUUCCUUCAUUCUGAAAGCAAAUGAACUUCUCCAAGUUAUAGACAGCAGCAUGAAAAAUUUCAAAGCUUUUUUCCGUUGGCUUUACGUAGCCAUGCUACGAAUGUCAGAAGAUCAUGUUCCUCCCGAACUGAACAAGAUGACUCAGAAAGACAUCACUUUUGUGGCUGAUUUUCUCACUGACCACUUCAAUGAAGCACCUGAGCUCUACAGUCGUAAAGGGAAAUACUUCAAUGUAGAAAGAGUUGGGCAGUACUUAAAAGAUGAAGAUGAUGAUCUCGUAUCUCCACCUAACACAGAUGGAAACCAGUGGUUUAAUUUCCUUCAAAAGAGUAACAGUCUUAAAGAAAGCCCGUUGCUGUUUCCAUACUAUCCUCAAAAAUCACUGCAUUUUGUAAAAAGGAGAAUGGAAGGAAUCAUUGAUCAAUGUCUCCAAAAGCCAGCUGAUGUGAUUGGAAAAACUGUCCAUCAAGCAUUUUGUAUGCCUUUAUAUAAGGCCUCAAAAAGUGAGGACUCAACAUCUCAGCUACUUAAGUUGCCCUUUUUGUGGCAUGAUAAAUCGUACAAUUUGCAUUAUGUUUUAUUCACAAUGUUACAGAACUCAGUUUCCAAACUCUACAUACUGAGAAGGCAUACAGACAUUUCAAGGUCUACUAAUAAUGGACUACUUGCUGUGGAUUUUGGAAAUUUUCUGAACAACAGUGUUAAUGAAAGUUCUGAUACAAGUUUCUACAGCUGUCUUGAUGCUCAUUUCUAUGAUGAUGAAACUAUAACGGUCAUCCUGGCAGAGAAUUUAGAACAAGAGGGGAGAGAAAGAAUUUUGGCCCAGCUCCCUUUAUCAUCCAUCUGUACAGAGGAAAACCAGGAAAUGGAAUUUAACUGGAAUUCUGGUCAGAGGUUAGACAUGCAGUGUGAUGGCAUUCCUACCUGUACUGUGACCGCAGAGAGUCAGUGGAGGGUGCUGGAGAAUAUGAAAGCUCAGUACGUCACAGUGAAUGGUAUCCGGAAAGUGUCUUGUGUCCUAAGUUCAAACCUACGGCACAUUCGAGUGUUUGAAAUGGAUGAAGAUGAUGGAGAAGCUGAGGAGGAAGAAGAGGAAGAAGCCACCCAGGCCGUUGGUCUACCUCAAGAGGGACUCAACCAGUCAGCAGACAAGACUGAAGGAGAUUAGGCGUGCCUUGGCUCAGCUGUGUUGGUAGAUGAGGUCACACCAAGCUUCUAAGAUGGAAACAAACUCUCAUUUCAGUGUCAUAGACAUUAGAGAGAAAAACUAGAAAUGCGAUCCUGCUGUUGUAUGGAAGAACUCUGUACUUUUUCCUGUUCAGGUUUUUUAAAAAUCAAAUUGUAUCAACUUCAGUUUCUUGUGUUACAGCUCCAUUGCCUGAAUAAUACAACUGGGAACAAAACAAGUCAUCGGAUAUUCCAGCCAACAUGGGUCUGCUUUUGAUAUUCCCAUGGUUUUCUAAACUCCAUUGCUCAUCUUGUUUUCUAAACAGUUGCUUCUCCUGCUCCACAUUUCCCUCUUUUAGAUGUCACAAGUUUGACAUAUCAAGAUGCAUCUAUGUUUAAUUUUCCAAGUGCCCAGAGUAACAUGGAGAAUGGUUGGGGAGGUUUCUACCACUACCACCACCACCACCACCACCACCACCACCACCACCUUUUGUGGUUUUUAAAAUGCAGUGUGUGUGUAAGGGAAAAUAAAUUAAAAAGAGAGAGAUUAUUUUGUGAUAGUGUUUUUCAGUGGUGUAUUUCAUUUCACAAUCCCUGUCUCAUUGACACUUCCAUAGUCAAAUUACUUUUCAGGUGCUUUAAUCCAAAACAAAUGUUCUUUUACAACUUUUGUGUUUGCCUGCUGCUAAAAAACUAAUCACUUAUCUCAAAGAAUAUCUUGCUGUCAUUCUAGUUACUUAGGAGAAACUUCAUCAUUCAGUUUCCAGUAAUUUCUAGUACUCCGUCAGGAGUUAUGAAAGAGAGAGUUUUUUUUCAAUUAAGCCUUGAAAAUAUGAAGUGUCAUACAAGUAUAAAAAUCUAGUGAGUUAAAUUUAAGUUAGUAAACUAUUCCAAGUGGCAUGGCUGUGUAUGUUCAAAUACUGGCUAAUGGCUCAUUUCCAACCUCAAGGUCUAACACAGAAAAUAUUAAUCGAUCAAUAUGAUUCCUCUUAGAAACUCCAACCUGACAAAAAAUUAUAU